UUCGUAAUUUUCACAUGAAAUAAAACUGGCACAUAUAAACGGAAACAUUUAAAACCAUUACACAUAACAUAAAAAGAUUUGGUUAAGUGCUGAAGCACACCUAAUUGAUAGAACCCAUAUAAAAUGCAAAAGUUGCAGGAACAGAGAAAGUCGCAGGAAGAAAAUGGGAUACCUUCCACUCCGAAGACAAAGAAAUCGAGUAUGACAACUAAAAAGAAAUCGAGCCACGAAUUCUCCGCAUUUAAGAGUUUAAGCAAGUUAAAAUUCAGAAACAUUGAUACGUUGCCGAUCUCUGCCCGGGAUUAUGGACUGAUGCGAUCCAACAAUAAGUCUUCGACGCCAUAUCCGCGCGCCGAGCAAGGCGUCGACGCCUCAUUGCUGAAGGCUCGUCUCACUAUGCGACGUGUUUUCGAAACUAGGCAGUCAAAGUACUCCAAAGAUUCCGGUAAGAAAGUGAGCCCAACUGUCAGCAAUCCUGACUCUCAUCACUCUCAGUCUUCCGCCGUGGGCCAUGCAAGGGCGUCGGUUACCGUUUUUCGUCGCCAGUCGCUGACCAAUGAUAAUUUAAAGGAGAUGCUGUCCAUCGGCACCCCACAUCCCUCGAAGGGCGUGGCACUGAGUGCCAGGCUACUGACCAGGCGUUUAACCGACAUAAAUGAUCUACUGAAGUUGCGAGAGGAAGCUGUUUCGCAAAAGGCGGCCACUCCGUUGAGGUCAAGAAAGAAGAAAGUAUCGAUGCCGAUGGAUCCCGACAACCGUGACUCGAUUAUUCCCGUCGAAAGCCGGCCAGACGGCGAGCUGGUCAGCAAAAGCAUAAGCAGUCGGUUGACCCAACUCGAUUACGAUGCCUCGGUUACUUCGCAGAGCGAGGAGUCCCUCAUGCCGCUGUUGAGUUUUGCGGAGCGACGGAGGAUAUUUCACGAGGGCGAGUUCACCAUCGCAAGAUAUGGCCGCAAAAUGAGCGAUGUGAUGAUGGCCUCGACACCGCAGCAGCACCAGGUCAUCGACAAUAGUUUGCAGUUCGCCAAGAAGGCCAACGACGAGAUCGAGAAGUACAUGAUUUCGCAGGGUCUGAUUAAGACCUCGCAUGAUCAGAUUACCAUGACCCGCCAAUUCAGCCGUCCAUCGGAUUCGAGGGAAAUGCAGGGAGAAAACUAUACCCAGCAGAAUUCCAAGCAUGAAAAGUCCGUCAGCACUCGUCCCCACAAGGAAUUCUUGUAGUCUGGAUGUGAAACUAGACUAGUUGGACCUAGCAGCAAGAUUUCGUUGUGGUGUCGCAAUUAAUCGAUUUAAUUUCGAGAUUCUAUUGUACAAAAUUUUGGUCAACUUUAUGUUUAAACAUUUGACUCAAUAUACAGCAUUUAAAUAAAAUUUGA